GCAUGCUUUUGCCUGUUUGUUUACCUUUCGGUUUAUGUUGUGUGCCAGAACCAUUGAAAUUAGUUUAAAUUGUUUUGGUACUGAUCAGAUGAAAUAAAAUUACAACAAAAUGAUUCAGGUCCCGUCUAGAUUACUCAAUGGUAUAAGAAACACAGUAUAUAAUAUAAUCAUUCGUAAAUACGUGGCACCACCGAAACGAUUUUAUCGCAAAACCGGCGUGGUUAGCAGCAACGGAAAGUACGAAAUAACACUAGACCAGCGCAAGCUAAAAACUCCCAAUGGAUCUCCGUUCUACGUUGAAAGUGAACCGUUGGCUAUAGCGAUUGCCACCGAAUGGGAUGCUCAAAAGGAAGUUGUCGACCGAUCUAGCAUGCACCUGACAGCGCUGAGUAGCACGGUACUAGAUAACCCAAACCACCUGCAAAAAGCUGAUAUUGUAAACUACCUUGUAAAUUACUUAAAUACCGAUGCCGUAUUGUUUCAUUCUGGUGGAGAAGCAGCACUCAAAAACUUACAGAUAGCCGAAUGGGACCCCAUUAUCGAUUGGUUUAACAAACGAUUCCAAGUCCAACUAAGUGCCACUGAUGGGUUAGAAAUUCCAAACUUUGCGCCAGGUACGGCUAUGAAUAUUAGUCGCUAUCUAUCGUCGUACAAUGAAGCAGCCCUGCAUGGAUUCAUGUUCGCCGUCGAUACGAUUAAAUCGUUAAUCUUAACCUGUGCUUGCGUAGAUCGAUUCAUCAGUCCGGAGAAGGCAGUGCUGCUGGCACGAUUGGAGGAGGAAUACCAGCAGGGAUAUUGGGGUCGAGUUGAAUGGGCUCACGACGUUCAGCAGCUAGAUUCGCAAGCACGUCUAUCUGCUGCCAUGCUGAUGGUUCACUUUAAUUCAAGUAAUGUUUUUGUGAAACAGAAAAGCCUAUAAGCGUACAACGUAUUUAAAUAAAAAAAAAAUGCAAACAUUAA